GGUCCCAGGCGCCUGGGCAGAGUGUCGUAGAGCCGCGAGCCUGCGAGGAGUACGCCGUCCGCUCAGUCCCCGCGCCGGGUCCCGUGUUCCCGCGUCCCCAGAUCCGCCGCCAUGGCCAGCGAGGAGCUGGCGCGCAAGCUGCAGCGGCGACUGCAGCGGGAGGAGGCGGAGGAGGGCGGCCCCCAGCCCGCGUCCGGCGCCGCCACAGCCCCGGAGCCGGAGCCCGACCCACCCGCCCGGGCUCCCAUGGCCAGCGCCGACGCCGAGCUGAGCGCGCAGCUGAGCCGACGGCUGGACAUCAACGAGGGCGCGGCGCGGCCCCGCCGCUGCAAGGUCUUCCACCCCUACACCGAGUUCCCGGAGUUCAGCCGCCGCCUCAUCAAGGACCUGGAAAACAUGUUUAAACUGUAUGAUGCUGGACGGGACGGCUUCAUCGACCUGAUGGAACUGAAGCUGAUGAUGGAGAAGCUGGGGGCUCCCCAGACCCACCUGGGCCUGAAGAGCAUGAUCAAGGAGGUGGACGAGGACUUCGAUGGCAAACUCAGCUUCCGUGAGUUCCUGCUCAUAUUCCACAAGGCCGCAGCGGGGGAAUUGCAGGAGGACAGUGGGCUGAUGGCGCUGGCAAAGCUCUCCGAGAUCAAUGUUGCCCUGGAGGGUGUCAAAGGUGCCAAGGACUUCUUUGAAGCCAAGGUCCAAGCCUUGUCCUCUGCCAGUAAGUUUGAAGCGGAGCUAAAAGCCGAGCAAGAUGAGAGGAAGCAGGAGGAGGAGAAGAGGAAGCUCCGCCAGGCGGCCUUCCGAGAACUCAAGGCCACUUUCAGUACAUAGUCAAGCGACCUUGACCUCUGUCCACAGCUGUGCCUCACAGACACCACAGGGGGAGCUGGCCAGGCAUCCUCACUCCUGCUGACCCCUCACCCUAACCAGCCUUCACACCCACUGCCCAGUGCAAACUCCUUAGCCUCGUAGGGGUGGCAAGGGGUGGCUCUCAUCCCAGUGUGGGAGCCCCUCCCAGAAGGUUCUGGAAUGGGCCAACUGCCCACUCACCUCUCUCUGCUGCUCACCCCCUUUGUCCUUCUCUGUAGCCAGAACGUGCCUGUACUUGGCAGCCUGUACAUGUGCCUUGGCCCUUUACCAUUCCACGUCAAAGAGUGGUCUCUGUUAGUUUGUACAGAUACUUCCUUCUUUGGUGGUCCAUAGCGGAGAUAGUCCCUGGAGGGCUAUGAUGUUAAUGUUGCCCAUGUCCUUGGGUAAUUCUUCUCUGCACCUCUCCCCCGCAUGUCCUCCUCCCCUUCAUUCCCUAAUAAGGAGAACAUCCACUUCCUUGUUCUCAUUCUGAGCCUGAUUCUGUCAGUUGCUUUUGCGUCUUCUGUCCUUUGAUGAUGGUGAGGUUUAAGGGGAUCCAGGCUGGACCACUGUCCCCUCUCCAACAGGGGGCAUGUCAUGCUGCCGAGAUGACACACAAUAGAGAAAAGACAGGAAGUUCUAUUUCUUCCCAUCACCUUUCUCCUCUUAGCACCCCCCGACAUCCACCCUCUUCAUCCCCCUCCAUUCAUAUGUUCUCUUUUCAGCCUUUUUUCUACUCUUAAAUACUGUGCUACUUAACUGUAAGAAUGAAAGAAUAGUUAGAAGUAAUAUUAAUGAGUAGAAGAAUUCCUGUUUACUCUGACUCUGUGCAAAUUAUAUUACAGUAGACCCCUGACAUUCCCAAGUGAAAAAUCUAGAACCUUUCAAAAUCCCAAAAGUCAUGACCAUUCUCAUCAUCUAGCCAGUUUCCAACAUCUGCUCCGAGGUGUUUGGGGGAAGAAGUUCUUACUCCCAGCACAGAUUUUUGUAUGUUGUGAGUUCUUGGGAUUGCUCACAAAUGCCAGGGGUUUGUUGUAUUUUAAAAAGUAAUUCCUAACAUCAUAUUUAUUACUUUUCUUUUGUAACUGUCUUUACAAUAAAGAAAAUAUCUGCAUUUCUACCUUACAGCUGUUUCUUUUUAAAUAAACUGUGCAAAUGGACUUUGCCGUCA